GUUUGGUUCCAUUGUAAGAUGAAACGAAAACUAAUUAUCAGAUAUUUUCUUCAAUUGACACCUGUAAUGAAAUUUGUCCUAUCAAUAGCAAUGAUUGAACUACAUGAUUUAUCAUCUGAUGAAUCGUUUGAUAGUAUGACAUCAUCAGAUAUAUCUUGUUCAUCUCCAAAGACUGGUGCUGCAUCUAAUAAAAGUUCAUCGAAUAGUACUGUGUACGAUUCACCCAGAGUGAGUGAUAUUAUACUCGUGCGAGCAGCUGCUUAUCAUGGAAUCAAUCAAUUAUAA